AUGGCCUCAACAGAGCAACCUGCUGCGGCUACCGGCCCGCCUGCAGCUGAGGGCACGAUCGCGGCGGACCCCGCGAUUGAGACUGAGGAUGAGACUAGAGGGGACGCGGAAAGUGUCGUCACGUCGUCUACGGCGUCGCUCUCUGAGAGCAUCACCGAAUACCGCCGCCUUCACGGCCGCACGUACACCCAGAAGACUGAUUACUACGGCCCCAACGACGAGAAGCACGGCGAAGCGCUCGAAAUCAACCACUACUGGAUGACGCUGUUUCUCGACGACAAGCUCUUCCUGGCGCCGAUUGGCGACAAGCCGCAGAGGGUUCUCGAUCUCGGCACUGGCACCGGCAUCUGGGCCAUCGACUUCGCCGACGAGUUCCCCUCGGCAGAGGUAAUCGGCGUCGACGUCUCCCCCACGCAGCCCACAUGGGUCCCGCCCAAUUGCAAGUUCCAGAUCGACGACAUCGAGCAGCUGCCGUGGACCUGGCCGGCGGAGCACUUCGACUUCAUCCACAUCCGCAACCUCGAGGGCUGCGUCGCGGACUGGCCGGCGCUCUACGCGGAGGCCCUGGCGAACCUGAAGCCCGGCGUCGGGUACAUUGAGAUCAAGGAGUUCGACAUCGACGUCAAGUCGCAGGCGAUCCCGGAGCUUGACGAUGACCACGUCUUCAAGCGGUGGGGCCGGCUGUUCUUCGAGGCGUUCGACCGCCUCGGCAAGACGGCGAAGCAGCACCGCGACCACGGCAUCAAAAAGAACCUCGAGGCUGCGGGUUUUGUGGACGUUGUAGAGAAGAAGUGGCCCGUCCCGAUCGGACCGUGGCCGAAGGAUCCCAUGCUGAAGGAGGUCGGCGCGUGUCUGUUGGAGUUUCUCGACCAAGGUCUCGAGGGCUUCGGGAUCUUCCUCGCCAAGGAGGUCAUGGGGUGGGAGUACGCCGAGAUUAUGGUGUUCAUGGCCGAGAUGCGGAAGGCCCUGAAGGACUCCAAGCUGCAGCCUAGAGUUGACGUACAUCUUGUCUACGCGCGCAAGCCGGAGAAAGCCAAGGAGGAGACGCCGGCUGCUGCGGCUUAA